AGAGAAGACGCAGUUUUAAGAAAUAUCAAAUUUUCACCCCCUGCACUUCAUUUGAAAUCAGCCGCUUCUAACCAAAGAUGAAGAUUACUGUGCUGGUGUACCUCCUUCUCGUCCUGCGCACCUUUGCGGCACUGGAGACAGACCAGGGCGGCGUCUGCUCCCGUCAGCUCAACAACAGUCAGAACAUCACCGUGGUGGCGGCGCCUGGAGCCAAGGGCGAGCCGGGGGCUGAGGGGCCGCAAGGACCCAAAGGUGAGGCAGGUGAGAGAGCUCCAAGAGGCGCGCCAGGUAAGCUGGGUCCGGUCGGACCGGCAGGUGAGAAGGGAGACAAAGGUGAACAUGGUCCGGCAGGUGAGAAGGGAACAGCUGGUACCAGCCCACCUGCCCCACCUGUCUUGGCGUUUUCCGUAGUGAGAACGACCAAACUUGAGAAGCCUUCCUCCAACACGGUGCUGACGUAUGACGUCAUCCUUAGCAACGUGGGCGGGGCCUACAACCGGGAGACGGGGAAGUUUGUGGCUACUGUCGGAGGCGUCUACUUCUUCACCUUUACUGGUAUGACGCCGCGUUCUCGUUCUAACUACUUCGUCCAUCUCAUGAAGAAUGGUGCAAAGAUGGUUGGUCUUUACGAGCAAAACGGCGGCACCCCCCAGAACCAGUCCAGCAGUAACAGCGCCAUCCUGCAGCUGCAGCCUGGGGACGAGGUCUGGGUGGAGCUGAGAAGCGGUCGCAGUUUGUACAGUGAUGGCGAUAGGUACCUCACGUUUAGCGGGUUUCUCAUCCGCGCAGACUAACACAUAAACAUACAUGGACACAUGAUAGAUACAUACAUGCUAGAGAAAUUAAGUAGAAGGAAUUGCAUACAGAUUAGUCAAUAACAUGAAUCAAUUAAUCGAUUAAUCGUAUCAUUUUGGAACAAUAAAUGCCGCAUGAUGAUGAAUGUAGAUUUCUUGUGGGGAGACAUAUUCUGAAUUUUAUCCCUACUUUGUUCGAAAUCGUCGUAGUCAUCAUUUUUAUCAUCAUUAUGAAGCGUUGGGCUAAAAAGGGAUGAUAGGAAUGUAUCAGUAGAUGAACUCACCUUUAGUGGGUUCCUCAUCCACGCUAUUUGAGCAAUGCUUGUAGAACAAUUAUACUUCGUACAAGGUGCGGAUAACGCUUCGAUCGAAAAGGUCGAGCUACUUCAAAAUUAGAAAUAUCUGCGCCACAUACUAUAGUGGAGGACAGUGAUAUGAUAUUGUGUAACGCAUGGUCACCAUAACUUCUGUAUUCGGCCCUGGAUAUUUGUUGUGUAACGCUAGUUCACCUAUAUCCGCGGGGUAACCUUUAUCCGUUGUAUAUAAAAUCAGAGUAUUUAGGGAUAUCAAGUCGACAAACGGCUGUUUCAGACCGGAAUGCUAUGAAAAUAUUGCAAUUUCAAUCCAACGUCCGUCGACUAGAUUCCCCUAAAUAUCUUGUUUUUUAAAACAACGGAUAUAGGUUACCAUGUGGAUAAAAGUGAACCAAUGUUAACUUGCUGGUUGAGAACCUUAUCAUUUUAUGGUAUAGUCCGCCUAUUCUUAACCAGACUUGGUGUACCAAUUAUGCACCUUGUUGCAUUAUUCACAUUGUUGUAUUAUUACAGCCAGUAUAGGCAACGUUACCCAAUCUGAGCAAUGAGGCUUCUGUAGCGAAUUAAAGUGGGCUGGUG